AUGAGUCCUCGUUCAUCUAUUCGUCCAUCUAUAUUUCAGCAUGACGUGUGGAAGCCAGAGCAUGAGAGUCGCCAUGAGGCAUCAGAGUCCGACAUUCAAUUACACUAUAAGCGUGCUAAGCUGCUUUGUCGAACAAGUGGUCUGACGAUUGAUGACGUACUUCACCUGACACCAAAGUUUUGGGACUUCCACUUUGAUAUGGUUUCCGCUAGAGACAUGACGGCUUUCAUCAUUUCGACAAUUCAUCUGAAUCUCUGCAUUGGCACAAUUGCUGGGUUUGCUGCGAGCCGACCCGACCUGGCUACGACACUCGAUGACCUCCUCAACUUCAGGACUUGCGGAGAGUUCAUGCUUACAGAAACGGGACACGGCCUCGAUGCCCGUAAUCUGGAAACAACUGCUACUCUGGAAGACAACGGCUUCUUUAUUCUGAAUACGCCUACCUUUGCCGCUGCCAAAGCUAUGCCGCCUGCUACGCCGCUAGCAGGUAUCUCUCGGAUUGCUGUCGUUUUCGCACGCCUUUUCGUAAAGGGUGAAGACCGGGGGGUGAAACCGUUCCUUACGCCGAUUAACAGUACGGAGGGGAUGUGUCCGGGAAUCGUGACACGAUUCCUCCCGAUACGGCCCGGUACAAAACCACUUGAUCAUUCCGUGACGACAUUCAAUAACGUGCGGCUACAUCCCAGCGCACUACUCGGAUCAACUUCAAAGGCAAAAAAUGAGAGAGAAGACUUUCUCACGCAGAUCUGGAGGGUAUCCGUAGGAACUUUGUCAUUGUCCAUUAUGGGCGUGUCAGCCAUCAAAAUAGCAGGUUGCAUCGCUGCAGCAUAUAGCCAGCGUCGGCAAAUUGGGACUGGCCGAGAUGGCCAAACUAUGCCAAUUAUACGCUUUAGUACCCAGAAUCGCCCUAUCCUGAAAGCGCUUGCGUAUGGCGAGGUGCUCCACGCAUAUGCUCUGUGGACUGUUCAGGAGUUUAUGAACCCAAAGCAUAACCCGGAUGUGCGCCGAGGCCUCGCAGCUGCCUUCAAGACGCUUGUAGUACAGUCAUCACAUCUGAUAACUGAACUGGCAGAGCGGUGCGGGUGGCAGGGCCUAUUUGCCUACAACCAGAUUAUCGAACUGGCAUCAACCUUCCAAGGAAACUCGAUAGCAGAGGGCGAUACGCUAGUUAUUUGCAUUCGUCUAGCAUCGGAGCUGUUAAUGGGCAAAUACUCGCUGCCCGAGCCAAACGAUGGUAACAGCCCGCUAGCAAAACACGAAAUCGGCCUCUUUCAAGAGGCUGCUGCGAAGCUUUCCUCCAUGCCUGGCGGCCACCGGGGCGACAGCUUUAAUAAUAACAUUCUUCCCCGCUGCAGGAGAAUGAUUGAAGCCACCGGGCAGCGCUUAGCCUACGAAGCUGCUUUACGGAGCCCUUGUGUGGCCCCGGAAGUGUUAGAUCUUUUCGUGCGGUCUUGCAUCCGAGAAGACGCCAGCUGGUAUAUCGAACAUGGCCUUGGCAACCAUAACCAAAUCUGGGAUGAUGAGGACGAGGCUUUUACUAAGUUAAAUCCCAUGCUUCCUGAGUUGGUAGCAAGGACGGACGCCAGAGAUUACAUCACAGCCCCAAUCGUUACUGAAGAGAAGCUGGAACAAUUUAUUGGUGGAUUAACAACAUUUGGGAACGAAAAGGACGACAUACUAGGCCAGUUGAAGCACAAGUCGAGGCUUUGA